UCCUGAGACUGUAAGAGGAACGUAUUCUGAUCCUGAGAUUGUAAGAGGAAUAUAUUUCAAAUUGAAAGUACACCAGAUUUACUUUUAUAAAGAACCCUCUCAAAAAAAAAAAAGUAUAAAGAUUUUUUGGAUUUAUUUCAUCAUGGAGAACAGGAGCAGCAAAGAACACGAUGCAGAAAAUGCCCGUAUUACACACCAAAUGCUUAAAUCAAGAACAGGAGAGUUUGAUUUGGAGUCUAUCCUCUUCCUGAAGCUCAGGGGCGUAGGACUUUAUGAACUGGGGUGUAUUGGAGAAUGCUUAAACCUUGAACGUCUAGACCUGUCCAACAAUCACAUCACUCAUUUAGGUCCGUUGUCUUCUCUUAAGCUGAUGGUGGCCCUAAACGUGGCCUGUAAUAGGAUAUCGUCUGUGGAACCCUUGGCAUCCUGUGAAAACCUGCAAUCUCUAAACGUGUCUGGAAACCUGUUAUGCAGCGUUGAUAACCUUCAAUGCUUGAGGGGCCUACAUAGGCUGGAAAGCAUCCGGCUGAGGGAUCCUGUACACAAUCUGAGCAACCCUCUAUGUAACAAUGGGGCCUACAGGCACUCUGUGCUAGACACCAUCCCCAGUGUUCAAGUAGUCGAUGGGGAGAGGGUCACUGGUUGUGGGAGUGACCUCUACCAUCUUUGCAAGGACAUUGAUAAUUCACUGAAGAGGUUUGUCAGUAAUGGGGCAAUAGACGUGCUAAAGUCAGUCAAACCUUGGGUAGAAGAAGGUUACUGGGAGCUAAAACCAGCCCAUAGUACCAUCAUUGAGGAGACGUAUAAGCAGUUUAAUGAUGUUCUUCAGGAGUGUAAAGAGCUGAGUAAGAGGGCAGACGACACAAUCGCUCAAGCUGAAAGGGCUUUCAACAUAAGACAUGAGCCCAACAGCUACGUAUUCUAAGUCUCUUCACCUUCCACGGGCAGAGAGGCCACCAUAUGCAUCAUCUUCAGGAACCACCGCUGGCUCUGCACUAUAGGGUAUCUUAAUGCUGACUUCUACUCGAUCAGUACAGGUUUUUGAUUUUGUUGAUUCUAAUUUGGAGAAAUCCUCCAUUAUAUUACAUUGAUAAUGUUUUCAGACUCAAAUUUGCGUAACGAUUUUCAAACCAAUCACAAUCUGAAAAUUCACAGGCUAUUUUGCAUCGAAUAAUACCGACGGUCAGAGAACAUUAUCAUGUAAAAACCUGUCCUAUAUAGUUCAUCACGCAAUGCUGAGCUUGAUCGGCUGAUAUUGCAAGGUUAAUGACAAAGUCACAGCUAAAUGUAUGAAAGAAAAAUGCUAAAUGUUAAAAAGAAAUAUAUUUACUGCUAAUGUUCUUCUAUAGCUCCCACUCAGUAUUUAGAAAAAAAUUAAUUAUGCAAAAUUUACCAGUAAUCCAGUGCCGGGUCAGUGUCCUCGGUGCAGCCACCCCCCCUCUGUCGAAGUGAUGAGAUGUUCUUUAUAGGAAAAUGGGGAUGAAAUCUUUAUAUCCUUGUUAUGCAGACAAUAAGGAGACAUUGUUUCUUUAAUAUAAAUGGUUUUAUUAUUGUGUGACAGAGAGGCUAACACUAGACAUGUGCAUUCGUUAUCGAUGAAUCAAAUUUUGUCUGAAAUGUAUCCGAAUUUCUUCUGAAUUCCAAAUUGAACAGCACUCGAAAUUGCCGAAAAUUAAAGUUUUCUUAACAAACUGUCUUGAACAUUACUGAAUCCAUUUGUUUUCAUAAGGAUAGCAGAUUAGGGACUUAUAUAUUAAGCAACUGAAACAGCAAAAAUUAACAAAAUGGCUUUUUAGACUGUUUAGUAGCUAGCUCCCUAAUUUGGUAUUGCCGUAAUUAAGGGUACUGAAUUAGGGACUUAUCUACUAAGUGAAUGA